GCUUAGCGAGGUGUGCGCGGGCAAGGUACGUCGUCGAGGGUUUGUUUACAAGUUCCACCGCCCAGCCCCAACGCCGCAAACAUCACAAGUAAAUGCAGACGCGGUUCUCGCUCUCACCAUGGCCUUUCACUGACUAUUGUGACGUGCUUCAGACCCAAUGCCCGCAUCGCCGUCCCCGCAGACGCCUCGAAACCCCUCUCGUCAAAAGAAAGAUGGUACGCCGAGCAACAGGAAGGAGCAGACCAGCGCAUCGCCGAGUCCCCUCCGCACCAUGAAGCCAGCCGACUUCGGAAAAGCCAUUGGCAUCGACAAACCCGCAAAUGUCAAGGACAAGAUUCGAAAAUGGCAGAUCGACCUCGAGGGCGACGACGCAGCUCCUGAGAAUCUGGUCCCAUCCGCGCUGGCUGACACCAACCCAGCGCCCUUGCCCAAGCUGCAGCCGACACCCAAGGGCACACCGCUAGACGAGAAGCCGAGUCUGAGACCUGCACACACACCCUCGAAAUCAACAGAUGAGCUUCCAGAGCGUCCGAAGAGCGCAAAAAAACCGGUGCACAACAAACUGGACGACGAUCUGCGCAUUGCGAGCGCCCCGAAGAAACGUGUGGUCAGCGACUCCCACUGGCGAACGAAGAAGUCUCCCCCAAAAGAUGGCGCGACUCGGCCAUCGCCAAAACAACUCCCUACCGCAUGGGUCCGGCCUGCAGUGCGACGAACUGAAACAUCUGAGGCCAAGGUCUCAACCCCCAGUCGCCCAGAGCCGAAGCCUCUGCUGCUAUUUACAACCAGACCCACAGGCCCGCGGCCAAGAAGCGCAAAGCGGCGGAGGCCGUCACGGCCUUCGAGUUCAGGGAACGAGGAGCGGCCAAGUAGUAGCGGGUCAGGAAGUUCCAAAGGCGCGAGGAGCGGGGAUGAUGGUCUCGCAUCACCAACCUCUCCCACCUCGGCCAAUAAAGUGGAAAAUGUCCCCAGGCGUCGACGACGACGUCGUCGCGGAGCAACCUCUCCGAGAGUGUCGCUGUCGACUGAAGACGGGGACCCCGUUAAAAGGAAGUCCAUGCGGAAAUCAGAUGCGUUGUCAGCAGAUGAUGCCUCUGGCGAGAUACCAGAUGAGAGAAAAUCUCCGCACUUUCAACCGUCUUUCAACGAAGACGGUCGAGAAAAGCGACGAAGCCACCAUCGGAGGGAGCAUACCCUCACCUCUCCAGAGGAUCUCCCAAGAGAUGCCCUGUCCAGUGGCCGACGCCGCUCGCACCGAAGAUCACAUCCAUACGACUCGGAGUUCGAAAUAACUACCCUUUCACACAAACCUACGAUACCAGAGACUCCACCGAAACCACUAGGGAGCAGAUUGGAAGCCUGGCUCAACACCACACCAGAUCCAUUCGUUGACGCGGAUUCUCGGACACGGCGACCUUCAAAAGAGUCAAUAUCGACACUGGAGUUGUCGCAUCGCAAGCCUGAGAAGAAAGAUGCUUCUGAGACCAUCGAGGUCACGAAUGCGCCUCUUGAAGAUGCCCUGGAGCGCAAGAGCGGCAGCAGGCGGCGCACAAGAACCCGGAGCUUGAGUUUCAAAUUAGACACUGAGGCCUUGAACGAUAAGCAAUUAUUAGCUCCCUCGACAGAUCAUACUGAGACUUCCUCCGUUAAGAAGGAUGAAGAAAUAGCUCCCAGCCUGACGCUAAGGCGGCGAGGUGCGAAACGUACACAACAAUCCCCAACCAAGGAUCGAGCAAUAUCUUCUCCGCUCUGUGAAUCAACUGUGCUGGACGAAGAUAUUGCGUCUUCUGCUCCUCCCUCAUCAUCCGUCGAGGCUCCGACAAUGGCACUUGAGAAAUUGUCCCUACGGACUAAACCGGAGAACCCCGCAAUGCGUCGCGUCUUCCCGUCGACUGGAAAGCGACUUUCAACGAUCGCGUCCGUGGAGACUUUUGCGACAAAGAUGCAAGCUGCGGCUCCUUCAGAGACCGUAGGCUCCGAACCAGUGGAGUCUGUUGAGCCAGUGGAUGUAGUAACGGAGCCAAACAAAACUGCUAACGAGGCGCCUGCCUUGGAGUCUGAAGAUCACUUCAAUGCGGAUACUCUUAAUACUCUAAGUCGUAGGAGCACGAAGCGCAGACUUGCCAGCCAUGCUGAUUUGAUAUCGGUGCUGUCGAUGCCCACGAGCAGGGCAGGCACAAAGAGUAUCAUGUCCGCUCGAAGCAUCCGUACAAACAGGAGUCGCUUAGCAACUGCCACAACUAGCGAUAUCAUGAGCGAGCUUGCUUCUGAUGAAACCAAAUAUAUGCGAGAGCUUCGGACGCUGGUUGACGGGGUCAUUCCUGUCCUGCUCAGUUGUGUUUUGUCGAAAUCUGAUUCUGCCGUAGCAGCGGGAUUGUUCAGUCCUUCCGCCUCGAAGGCAGAUCCGAAUAAUGUCACAAAGCCAAUAAUAGACAUGGGUAUCUCUUUAGAGCGACUGAAAAGCUUACACAGACGCGUCCCGAAGGACGACCCUGAUACCUUCCUUUCCUGGGCGCAGAGUGCGCAACGCGUGUACUUCGACUACAUCAAUUGCUGGCGGAUGGGAUUUCAAGAUGUGGUGGUGAGCCUUGCUCCCGCUGAUGAGGAUCCUUCUUCAUCUACUCCCGCUAAGGUUACCGAUGGCACGGAGGACUCUGGCGCUUGGGAUGAAGGUCUGCCGCAGAAUGCGGAAGGCUACGUCGUAAAUGGAGACGGGGAGAGGGUCGAUGUCGCCUACAUGCUUAAGAGGCCAUUGGUUCGAUUGAAGUAUCUAGCCAAGAGCAUCAGAGGUAUCAAUCACGUAAAACCCUCCGAGAAAGCAGAAAAUAUGUCGAGCGUGUUCCAAGAAUUGGUUGAUGCUGCUCGCAAGCGCUCCAACGAUGAGCGAGCUCGACUCGAGGACGAAGCGGCUGCAAACAUAGAUCCGACACGCGCAAGAGAUCCGCGAAGCCUAGCGCCUUUGACCGGCGUGCGCAUUGACCAGACCCGUUGUGUCAGGGCCAGAGACUAUUUCGACUUGCACUUGAUCCACUCCAGUGGCCAAGAAGUCGACUGUCGUGUGGAGUUGCUCCUUCGCGACAACGCCCAGGGCACAGGCAGCGGUGGAGAUGUCCUAUUAUGCGAGGUUGACGGAACUGGCCGUUGGCUAUUCUUGCCGCCAAUUCAGCUCGGUCGCAUCUCCGCGCGUAAUGGCGACGUGAAAGGCGAGAUCAUUGUUAUGAUUCGCGGAUAUCAUUCCGAUGGAAAAGAAUGGAGUGAGGUCUUUUCUCUGCAAUCAGACUAUGAGCAGGCUGGGUUUGAAUGGGUUCAGAUGUUGGGACUGAAUCCAAUACCACCCCAGCUGGAGGAGCUGAGGCAAACCCACAGCCUUGUCAAUAAAACGCCACGGCCGACAAGCAGUGACGCCACUUCUUCUUUGGUCUCCACAGCAACAGGGUCGACGCCUCCACACAAGAGCCGUUCUCCAAGCCCUCACGAGAUCCAAAUUCCGAUUGGAGAACAAGCCAGUGCUGCAUCCAAACGGUGGGGCUUUGAGACGCCUGAAAGGGCCUCGAGGUCAUCAGAGGCGUCGCCUACCACACCACCAAGUAGUGACGACUUGAGGCUGAGCAAAAAAGUUGCUGCAAGUCCAAUAUCGCUCUCAUCGCCUGUCGACCCUCGCCUACGAGCUGAAGAUGGCGUUCGCAUCUCCACUCCUAUACAUGCAAGCCAUUAUGACGAUAGCCAACUUGAGCGAACACCUCGAAGCCUCGAUGAAGCAAUGAUGAUGGCUGGGAGUGGUUCGCCGAUCAGUCUUAAGCGGACCAGAGCGAAGAGACUUUCGAAAAAUUCCUCCUCAUCCCCAACUUGCUCCCGACCAUCCAGACAAAUUGUUCUUGAUGAUCCUUCGGGAGAGCCCAAGCAAUCGAGGAAGUUAUCCAAACGCCACCGAUCCGAGCAGCCACACACCUCUCCAGCCUCGUUAGUGUCUCAGUCAAGCAAAGGCUUCAGUGUAUGGAUGCCGACAUCGGAAGCAGAGUAUUCCAGUGAUUCUGAUGAGGAAUUUCCGGUAAAGGGAAAAAUACGAGAGGAACCAAAGAGACUGGAAAUGCAUAGACGGGCAUCGUCUGUGCCCUCAAUGGACCUUCCCAUUAUUCCAAAGAUUCGGAAGACAAGUCAGCCGAGUACUCCGGCCAGAGAGCCUUUCAAGGAGGAGUCUUCGGAGGCCAAAGAACCACCAGCAUCUGCCCCUGCCAAAUUAAAGAAGACUGUCCCAGAGCCAGUUACGGAGGGAGCUGAGAAACCUGAGGAUGAAGACAAGCCACCACCGGUACCACCUCAUCGAUCACCAAGCCCUGCGACCCCAGUGACGCUUAAAGGAUCCAAUACGCCUUAUUUCACGCCAUCUCUCCCAGGCUACAAAACACGUCGAAGAUCCUCAUCACCUCUUAAGCAUGAAUACGAACCCUCCACGGCCACGGAGUCAUCAACAGAAAGUGAGGAAGAGGUCUCGGCGGAAGAGGACGACCCGCUAACCGAGGAGUCAUCUGACGAUGAGCUUGAAGAUGAUGUGCCAACUCCUCUGAUGCCAAUUGGCCAAGCCAAGCAGUUCCCAAAAGUCUCUCCGCCAGCCUCCAUCUACACUCUCCCCAACGGAACAAUAACACCAUCUCAAUCUGCCUCUAACACGCCCUAUAGGGCUGUUCCAAAGAGCUCUGGUCAAGCUUCGAAAACUAUCGCGUCGAUAUUCAGUUGGUCUGACGCAGGUAAAUGGGAUAGUCUUCAUCCCGAUGAAUGCAGUAUUGUCGUUACACCAGGAAAGAUCGAGGUUUUUGAGAUUACGGCCGCACACUCAAAGCCCUUCCUAGCAGACGGUGAUGAGAUCAUUCAACCUGGAGGACGCGCUCCCCUUAUUGCCCUAGAGCUAACUCCUUUGGUUCCCAUCCGCAAAGGAACUGCCAUUGAUAUUACAAUUCGCUCUCCACCAACCGCUGACUCUCGCAUCAGAAGCGGUAAUAACAUCAUGCUACGGAGUCGAAAUCCCGCAGAAUGUGCAGACCUUUACGCCAUGAUCAAUCACGCUCGAAUCAACAACCCGACGUACAUUGCGCUCCAGAAUGCACGAGGACCAUAUGGCCAGACUAGCUGGGCUGAGGCAAUGGACCGUCAGAACGCAGCUCGAUCUACCGCCGGUUCCUCAAGUAGUUGGCUUGCUGGUACGCUAGGUCGACGAAGCUCGUACCGAAAGUCCAGCACUCGGGCGGCCUCAAUUUCAGCUGCCACGGAGUCCUCUGUUGGAACAAUGAAUACUGCCUUCAAGUCGGCUCUCAAUCGCUUUAGCUUUGGCAAGAACGGUCGUUUCAAUAUCAGAGGCUCAACGCUUGGAUCUCGUAGCACCAAUAGUUUUGACUCCGGGUCAAAUGGGUCGGGGUCCGGUACCAACACACCACCAAAUCUCGAGCCAGGGCGAGCUCCCGGUGCUCCUGCCGGUAUCACCAACACGAAAUGCCGCCUCUAUGAACGCGAGUCUUUUACAACUAAAUGGCGAGACCAGGGAGCAGCACGUCUUACUAUCAUGCUUCCGGAUCCUUCCGCCCCGCAGACGACUAUGAGACAAGGCCAAGGUAGUCCCGGUGUCCGCAAUCCCACCCUGGAGAAGCGAAUUUUGGUCAUGGGCAAGACGAAAGGCGAGACAUUGCUGGAUGUCACACUUGGAGAGAGCUGCUUUGAGCGCGUAGCGCGAACGGGUAUCGCAGUUAGUGUGUGGGAGGAUGUUGUCGGGCCUAAUGGACAGAUCGGGACUGUGGGUGCGGUCGGUGGUGUGAGUGGGGCCAGGGCGAGGGUUUAUAUGAUUCAGAUGAAGUCGGAGCGUGAGGCUGCGUACUCUUUCUCUCUUCUCGGAAAACUCCGAUACUAAUAGGACGCGCACCCGCAGAGACGACAUGACAGCGGCUUCUCUCGGCAUCUUUUUUUUCAGCCAACCGUCUACACUACAGACACGAUUUCUCUUUCCUGUGGAUUUUUAGCGACUUCCAUUUUCUCUUUCCUACCGCAUGCAAUGCAUAUACCUGUUUUCAGCGAGCGUCGGCGCAUGCAUGUUUUGUUCCG